AGAGAUCCACACCAAGAAAUCAUGGGCCUCUUCUUCCAUCUUCUUCUCUUCUUAUUGGCCAUAGCUUCUUUCUCAGAAACCUCGUCUGCAAACCUAGGAGUCUGCUACGGCCAGCUCGGGAACAACCUCCCAACUCCGAACAAAUCGGCGGAGCUUCUCCGGCAACUCAACGCUUCCUACGUCAAGAUCUACGGCGCCGACCGACAAAUCCUAAACGCCCUAAAAGGCGUCAAAAUACACGUUUUAAUCAUGGUCCCCAAUGACCUCCUCCCCAACAUUUCCUCGAACCAAGCACUCGCCGACGGCUGGGUCAGAACAAACGUGGCCGCCUUUUACCCGGCGACCAAGAUCCACUACGUCCUAGUCGGCAACGAAAUCCUCAGCCCCUGGAACGACGACUCUAUCUGGCCCCACCUCGUCCCCGCCAUGCGCAGAAUCAGAUCGGCUCUCAAGAAAUCCGGGCUGGGAAAAAUCAAGGUCGGAACGCCGGUCGCCAUUGACAUGGUGGACGCCGUUUUUCCGCCGUCAAACGCCACGUUCCGCCGCAACAUCUCCGACAUCAUGGUCGACAUGUUGCAGUUUCAUAAGAAGACAAAAUCCGUGUUUUUCGUUGACUUGUACACUUACUUCCCCUGGGUGGAUCAGUUCAAGAAAAUCGACCUCGAUUUCGCGCUGUUAGAGCCCGGGAAUGUUACCUAUUCGGAUCCCGGGUCCGGGUUCAAGUACACCGAUUUGCUGGAUGUGAUGAUUGACGCCGUUAUAUACGCCAUGAAGCGGGUCGGGUUCCCGGACAUACCGUUAUUCCUGGCGGAAACGGGCUGGCCCAACGGCGGAGAUAUCGAUCAGAUUGGCGCGAGUGUUCGCAAUGCCGCCACGUAUAACCGGAACGUGGUGAAGAAGUUCACGGCGCAACCGCCGGCGGGAACUCCGUUAAGGCCGGGAGUGGCAAUGCCGGCGUUGAUCUUUGCACUAUAUAACGAGAAUCAAAAAUCGGGUCCGGGUACGGAGCGGCAUUUCGGGCUGUUGUACCCGAACGGGACCAACGUGUACGAGAUAGAUUUGUCGGGUCAAUCCCCGGAGCCGACGUACGCGCCGUUACCUGAGCCGACUAACAACGAGCCAUAUAAGGGUAAGAUAUGGUGCGUGGUGGCUAGAACGGCUAACCAGACUCAACUGGCGGCUGCAGUGGCUGAGGCUUGUAAGCAAGGGAGUCGGACCUGUAAAGCGAUCCGACCCGGUGGAAAGUGCUAUAAACCGUAUUUGACUAUUCUUCAUGCAAACUAUGCCUUUAGUUCUUAUUGGGCUCGAUUUCGAAAGUCCGGAGCCCAUUGCUAUUUUAAUGGGCUUGCAGUCCAAACUACAAAGAAUCCAAGUUAUGGAUCGUGCAAGGUUCCAAGUGUUACCAUUUGAGAAAAGUUAAGGUAGGAGGCAUCUAUGAUCUAUCCCAGUAUGAAUGCAGGAUGAUAAAAUGUAUUAA